AUGGAUGAAAGCCAUCGCAUGAGACGAUCUGCUCCACAACAAAACGGAACCAUACCGACGAAAACAGGAUCGCCUGAGCAUGAACCCACAGACCCGACGAUAAGGCCGACGCUGUCGCAAAAGAUCAUCGACAAACACUCCACGGAAUAUGUCGUGCGCCUGGGGAUCGCCGGAGGCAUUUCGGGGAGCGCCGCCAAAACGCUCAUUGCCCCGAUGGACCGUAUCAAGAUCUUGUUCCAGACGUCGAACCCUGAGUUUCUCAAAUAUCGUGGCUCCUUCAGCGGAUUUUUCCUCGCGGGCCGCAAAAUCUGGACCUCCGACGGUCUCUACGGACUUUUCCAGGGUCACCUGGUGACCUUGCUUCGUAUUUUUCCUUAUGCCGCCAUCAAGUUUGUUGCAUACGAGCAAAUCAGAUCCAUUCUUAUUCCUAACGACUCUUACGAAACAGCUGUACGCAGAUUCAUGGCGGGCUCCCUCUCCGGGCUCACCAGUGUAUUCUUCACCUACCCUUUAGACUUGAUCAGAGUCAGACUAGCAUUUGAAACGAGAGAGCUUCAACACACAGUGCCUGGCCACGACCAUCAAAAAUUCAUUGCCCAUCACAAGGGCAGAUUGUUCUCCAUUCUAAAACAAGUAUACAAGGAACACCCACCUCGACGCGAGACUGACCCUGGCUGGUUGAAGUUCAUGAGAGAGAAGACGCCCAAGUACCUAGCGCCAAUUUCCAACUUCUACCGUGGGUUUGGACCCACCAUCUUGGGAAUGAUUCCCUACGCUGGUGUUUCGUUCUACGUGCAUGAUUCCAUCCACGAUCUCUUUCGUUGCAAGCUACUUGCUCCCUACAUGAUGUCUGAUCCGUACCCUUAUGUUCCAAGCCAUAAGGUGGUCAAGAUGUCCAAAGAUAAACAAAACGUGAGCUCAAGAGAUUCUCGCAAACCACUUCGUGCCCCAGCACAGCUAUUCGCUGGUGGCCUCGCAGGCAUGUGCUCCCAGACAGCAGCCUACCCCUUCGAGGUGAUUCGAAGGAGAAUGCAAGUAGGGGGCGCCGUAAACAGCGGCAAGUUCCUCUCCUUCAAGCAGACAGUAAAACUUAUAUUUGCGGAGAGCGGAUUCCGAGGGUUCUUUGUGGGAUUGUCGAUUGGGUACAUGAAAGUGAUACCGAUGCUGGCGUGUUCCUUCUUUGUCUACGAGAGAUGCAAGGUUCUUCUAGGGAUCUAG